AUGCUUCAUGUUUGGAGAACAUCUGGGCAAGAGCUGGUCGCCGUGGGCGCAGAGGAUUUCAAGGAUGUAGCGACUCUGAAAGGGCAUUUGUUUGAGGUAUGUGGCUUUCCUGUGUAUUUGCAGCAACUUCUCCAUGCUGGCAGCAUCUUAGAUGAUGACACCAGGCUGGCUGCCCCCAUGGACUUGCAGUUGGUGCUGCUUACCUUUUCCGGCCUUUCAUCACGCAGUACGCUAGCUUCGGCUGAGGAAGACCUUGAAGAAGCUGCUAAACAGAACGAUGUUAGCACCCUGAGAUGCUUGUUGGAAGCCGGUCUUCUCCGGGACGGCAAGCGGGCGUAUGUUGUCCGAAGCCUACUGCUGGCAUCUCUGAAAGGUUUUUGGGAGGUUGCAGGAUUGCUGCUGCAAGCUGGAGCAUCCCCCAAUUGCCAAUGUUACUUCGGAUGUUACGAAGGCAUGACAGCCCUAAUGCUUGCGUCUGAGAAUGGUCACUUGGAGGUUGCCCGCAUGCUGCUGGAAGCCAAAGCUACGAUAAUGCACGCAUGCACAGAAUUCGGCAGGACAGCCCUAAUGCUUGCAUCCAGCGCAGGUCAUUCGGAGGUUGUGCGAUUGCUAUUGGAAGCUGAUGCUGACAAAGAUCGCGCCGAUAGCGCCGGCAGAACAGCACUCAUGCUCGCAUGUUGGUGUGAUCGCUUGGAAGUUGCACAUUUACUGUUGGAAGUUGGUGCUUGCAAAGAUUGCCGGGAUCGGCACGGAAACACCGCUCUCAUUCUGGCAUCUGAGAGUGGUUAUUCUGAGGUUGCACGCUUGCUUGUGGAAGCUGGU